GAAAACUAAAUAUGAUUGACUCUCCUUUGUUGUCCGAUAUGGAUUUAUUUAAAGAUUCUCGUCUAAUUACAGAUGCUCAGCAGUGGAAUCCUUACGACGAUAUGGGAGGGACUUGUGCUGCUAUCCGUGGUGAUGAUUGGGUUGUUUUUGGUAGUGAUACUCGUAUGCUUAUGUGGAAAAGUAUUUUGGCUAGAGACUGCGAGAAGAUACACGUUUUGUUAGUUUAUUUUUAUAUCAGGCUUUUUUAA